AUGGCAAGCAAUACUGCGGUCCAUGUUCCAGACGGUUUCCGUUUGCACACCGAAAAUACUUCACAUAUUCUUCUGGACGCAAAUGAAGCUUUCCUCAACCCUGUUCAAGAAUUCAACAGAGAUACAAGCAUUGCAUGCAUAAGGGUUUGGAGCGAGGAACUUAAUCGAACUAAGGAAGAACGAUGGAACAAGUCACAACAGAGGAAGGCUGCUCAGAAAGGUUCGUCUGCGUCUUCCAAAGUUCCAGCAGCAGCAAACAUUGGCACCGAUGAAUCAGAAAGGACACCUGAUAUUAGCGAAUCAACAGAGGUUGGUGGGAAGAAACAUGAGUACAGACCCUACAAAAUUACUAUCUUAGAGGCGCUCUCUGCAACAGGACUGCGGUCGAUCCGUUAUGCAAAAGAAAUACCUUUGGUGAAAUAUGUUAUUGCGAAUGACCUAUCCCAUGGUGCAAUUGAAGCUAUGAAGCGUAACAUCAGUAUUAAUGGACUUGGAGAUGGCACGCUACAACCUUCUUCAAAUGGCGCCUCAAAGCAGAAGAUUCAUCUCAACGAAGGCGAUGCGUGUUCAUUGAUGUAUAAUCAUAGGGAGGAGAAGAAGCGCGUGGACGUAGUUGAUUUGGAUCCGUAUGGGACAGCUGCUCCAUUCAUUGACGCUGCCGUCCAGUGUGUAACUGACGGAGGUUUGCUUUGUGUUACAUGCACAGAUUUAUCGGUUCUGGCGACUACUAACUACCCUGAAAAAUGUUUUUCGAACUAUGGUGGCGUACCUGUCAAGGCAGAAUAUUGCCACGAAAGUGCAUUACGUCUGGUUUUGCACACACUGUCCACUUCAGCAUCAAGAUACGGGCGAUAUAUUGAACCACUUCUUUGCCUAUCUAUUGAUUUCUAUGUUCGUUUAUUUGUUUGUGUCCGGACUGCGCCGGUAGAAGUCAAAAAGGCGUUAUCCAAAAAUUCAACAUUCUAUAUUUGCACUACAUGCCAGACGCAUUACGAGCAACCUUUGGGAAGAAUGAUCACAAAAACUUCAACGUCCGGACACACAAACUAUAUUUUCAAAACACACCCUGGACCAUUGGUCGCUGGUCCUAUGUGGUCUGGCCGCUUGCACGAUCCUGACUUUGUAGGAAAGGUGCUUGCACAUAUUGAAGAAAACAAGUCACAUUAUGGAACAUCUUCGCGUAUGAAGGGUAUGCUUACUGUUGCCAAAGAGGAACUCGAAACUCCUUUCUUCUUCACUCCCAGCAAGGUCGCGAGUUUCUUCCAUUGCGAAACUCCGUCGAUAGACGAUGUGGCUUCGGCACUCCUAAACGCAGGCCAUAGAGUCUCGCGUUCUCAUGCUUGCGCAGGGUCUUUAAAAACCGACGCAAGUCAUCGAGAAUUGCAUGACGUAUUUCGUUGUUGGAUCAAAACACAUCCCGUCAAGAUGGAAAAUAUCUCGGAGACAUCGCCUGCGCGACGCUUACUAGCCAAAGAACCACUUGUUGAGGCCAACUUUGAUCGCCACCCAAUGACCCCCGGUGCACAGGAGACUAUCCGGUUAGUGAGAUAUCAGGAAAAUCCAGCCAACUGGGGACCUGCGAAGAAGGCUGCCACGAAGCCCGAUCUCAAAAGAAAACGCAGUACUGAGGCACUGGACGAACCACCCGCAAAACACUAG